GGGAGUACAAUACAGAAUUGUGCGAUACUGUUCAAACAUGAAGAGUUAAUACAUUAUUUUAUAUUGUACAAUUUAUUCAAGUAAUUUAAGAAGUGUGUUAUUAUUUAAAAACGUAUUUUAUUUCUUUUUGAACCUUACCGAAUGUAUUAACGGUAAAAAAUAAAUAUGUUUUAUAACAAAGCAUUGAGAUUGGUAAGCAAAACCAUUCAAACCGUGUCACUUGGGCAAUUGUCCAUUCCAAAACCAACGGUUCGUACUUAUGCUGCUCUAGUAAGCCAAGAAUAUGUCGUUGAAGAUAAAGCAGGAGAAACAAAAUUUACUACCGAAAUAAUAAAAAAUGUAAAUGAAGCCGUUAAAAAGGCUAAUCGUUUAUUCGCUGUAGUACAUAUUUGUGGUAAACAGUUUAAAGUUACCGAUAAUGAUCUAGUGUUGAUAGAUGGUUAUUGGCCACCAAAUGUCGGCGAUCGUAUCAAACUCCAAAAAGUAUUACUUGCUGGAGGUGUGGAUUUUACGCUGAUCGGUACACCCACCUUAGACCCAGACUCGGUCAAUGUUACUGCUACAGUUGUCGACAAGGAUCUAUCACAUACCCGAACAAAUUUCAAACGUUUGAAGCGCAAGCAAUAUAUGAGAAUUAACUUUAUCCGAAAAGAAAUCACUAUUCUUCGAAUAAAUAGUGUAAAUAUAACACAAGCAAUUGGCGAUAGAAAGGACGUACAAUCGAUGGGCAGACGCUCAAUGUAAUGAGUUAAUAAGCAUUAGAGUCUGUUAACGAUUUAUAACUUGUAUUUAAAUGUAGUUUUCAUAUUAUUUAACUUGUUAAGUCUUAAUUAAUAAGUAUAAUAAAAUAUUAAUGUUUGUUAAA